UCUGCGGGUCAGACUAAGAGAGACGGCAACAGAAGAGAGACAGGGUUGGCGGGACUUUACUCGCUCCUGGAUGGUGGACCCAUACAGCUUGGUGAGGACAGAUCUUACCACAGCGCUGAAGACAUCUACAGGUACAGUAGAGUUCAUCUGAUGUAUCCAAUCUUAGCCAUGUUACAAAGUAACUAUUAUUAAUAGCAUGUGAAUCACAUUUGAAUAGGUUUUCAGUAAGUUCUGGUCUAUAUUUCCAGAUUUCAAAAUGACACAUCCUAAAAGUUUUUUUUUCCCAAUCGUCCGUUGGAAAAGAAGAAGUGUAUGACAGUGAGUGAGUGACAGCAGAGCUCCAACCUAAUGAUUCCUCAUUUCUCUCCUUGACCACAGACACAAUAACAACACUCCUAGACAUACAGACAUAAAGCCAGACACAGAGCUGGAGAAGAUCCAGGAUGGUGUUGUACCUGGCCUUUCUGCUGGGGAUCCUGCCCACUGCAGCUCAAGGUAAGACUCAACACCUGUUUUCAACUGUACUGGAUCAUAUUGGGAUUCAGGUUCAGGAGGUGUUCAUGUGUUGGUUUGGUUGUGUUGUUUAAAGUUUUUUUUUAAGGAGUGGAGCAGUCCCAACAAUAAGAAUGCUCACUGUUAUUGGCUGGAGAAAUGUAACCACUCUCAAAGUCAUAGACAGAGCUAUGGAUGCAAGGACUGACCAUCCAUGAUGUCAAUAUUAUCAUUUUAACCAUUCACGUUGUUUACAAAUAUUAGAGUAAAACAAGCUCAUAUUUUGAGUUCUACCACAUGAAAAAAUAUUAUAGUAUACUAUGGUACAUGUAUGAAUACUGUAGUAUUCACUGUGGUGUUUUUGCGGACUUUAUUGUAGUAUUCAAUGUAGUGUUUUUGCGGACUAAAGUCAAUACUGUAGUAUUUAAUAUUUACAGUUAACUAUAGUAUAAAUACUGUAGUAAAAUACAACUGUAGUAUAUAAUAUAGUAAUUCAUCUAGUGUUUUGCAGAUUGUAGUACAGUAUACUGUAGUAUUUACUGUAGUGUUUUUGCAGAAUUUAGUAUACUGUAGUAUUUACUGUAGUGUUAUUUGCAACAUUACUGUAGUAUUUACUACAGUGUUUUUUUGGGGGGAUAAUACUGUAGUAUUUACUAUAUUAUUCUACAGUAUACAGCAUUCUAUAGUAAGUCCUACACAUGAUCAAGGUAUAAUACAGUGUGUAGUAUAGUAUUCUACAGUAUAAUACAGUUUACUACAUAAUUCUAUAGUAAGUACUGUAGUAUUAUAUAGUAAACGUUAGUAUUCUUUUCAUGUGGGCAGUUGGGUACGACAGUUGAACUAAGCUCAUGAGGCAUUACUAAGUUAUAUUGUUCAAGAAUCAAUGGGUGCAUAUCAUUCAUUUAUUACUGUAGCAACUGCAGAUUGCCCCUUUACAUGUCACAUCACAUUGCUCAGACAACAUAUCAAAGAAGCAUGUGUUGUUGUCCUAAUUCUUGCUAAAUAUUUCUGUCCUGCUUUUCACUGAGUUCUUGAAUAUGGACAAUCAUAUGUAGGAGAGUACUGUCCUGUACAUGUGGCUGAGGUCUUGAAUAUGGACAAUCAUAUGUAGGACAGUACUGUCCUGUACAUGAGGCUGAGGACUUGCUCCAUUGUACCACAGCCAUGUGUAUUUGAUAAGUAGCUAGUAUACUUGGAGUCCAUAGGAAGGUGGUGUGUAAUGUUAUCAGGAAAUCUGGACCCAGAAUGCAGAAUAGCACAAAACCAAGAACAGUCCCCUCCCUCUGACCCUCUGGGGUUGAGCUGUGGACUGUGUUAAAUAAGAAUAUCUGCUGAACUACAAAUCUCAGUUCUGCUUUGAGAUAAAACAAGAAACAAACAUACUUUACAUGUAAGAACGAAUGGAUGGAACACUUAGGCUACUCUAGUGUUGAGAUGUUGUCUUCUGAUCCAUGGUUUCCAAAUACAGCAGAGUGGAUGCUGAAUUAAACUGCACCAUGAGAGAGCCCAAAUGAACUAACGACCAAAUAAGGUGUUAAAUGUUUAAAUGAAGAAAAUAAAUAGAAAUGUCCUUUAAAGCCAUGUUCUACUGGAGAUUUUUGUUGGUUAUUGAAACCCCCUUGACCCCAAUGAGUUGUUGGAGUGUCUCAAAGAAGGCAUUGUUUGUCUGUGUAUCACCAGGCAGCAGUUAGCUUUGUCACACCCCAAGGGAGAACUUCUCCAUGGUCUUUACACCCCAUACAGCUCCCUCUAUCUCCCUCUAUCUCCCUCUAUCUCCCUCUAUCUCCCUCUAUCUCCCUCUAUCUCCCUCUAUCUCCCUCUGUCCCUUCUAUCCCUUCUGUCCCUUCUGUUUUUGGAAGAGAAAACCUGUGUUUGAGGGUGUAAAAGGGCAAGGCAAUAAGAGGGUAUGGGUAGUCUAUAGGAGACUUUGCAUGGUGGGGUCAUUAAUAGUUAAUAUGUCUGCUUUCAUUGUGACAUAGAUACUGAGCUGAAAAGCAGAAGUGAGAGAGGGAAUGAUAUCUCUCCUUUAGGGCCAGCGCUGCAAUGUGUUUCUUGAAUUUGCGGUGUCCAAGUUAACUCUUGAACACAGAGUGACCAACACAACUUUCAGUUCUCCUCAGUCUUCUUGGAAAGGUCAAAACAGAAAGAAAUAGUGAUCUGAGAUGAGUUAAUGAACACCAAUUGAUACAACCAUGUUUUGAGUUUCCUGGUCGGUUCACAUGGUCAAUAAGUAGCCAUCCUAAUCAUGAAAGUAUAUGUCCAUGUACUGCUAUAAUAACAAUACAAACAGCCCUAUAUAGUGAUGUAGCUGUAACAUCUCAUGUCCUUGUUUACCUCAGCACAAUGGCGGCAUCCUGUAAUCAAGCUCAACUCCCAACUUGUGGUUGGGCCUGAGGUAGUACUGAACCCUGGCACCCCAUUAGUCCUGAGGUGUGAGGGGGAUGGGCCAGUCAACUGGCUGACCCGGUUGGCCAAACACAAGCGCUUCAUCUCCAAGGGCAACGGGAGAGUCAGAACCUUCAGGGUGGACCGUCCCUCUGCAGAACACACUGGGACCUAUAAGUGUGAAUAUACCAGUGUGAACGUCAAGGGCCAGGACUUGUUCUCUACGGUGCACGUGUAUGUGAAAGGUAAGCUCAGAAGGGUACUGAGUUGUUGUUUAUUUACCAUACUUGUAGAGAGAGUGUGUUGACCAGCAUCCCUCAUUCUCCAUCAGACCCAGCCAGCCUGUUUUGGACCAGCAGCACGUCCCUGCGUGUGGUGAGGAAGGAGGGGGAGGACCACCUGCUCCCCUGCUUGCUAACAGACCCAGGGGCCACAGACCUGGGGCUCCGCAUGGACAACUGUACCUCUGUACCCCCAGGCAUGAACUACACAGCAGACCCCCGCAGAGGCAUCCUUAUCCGUAACCUCCAACCCAGCUUCAACGCGGACUACGUCUGCAGCGCCAAGCUCCACGGGGUGGAGAGGACCUCCAAGGCAUUCUCCAUCAACGUCAUUCAAAGUGAGUAAAUUAAGUGUUGUGGAGGGAUACUUUAGAUAAUGUGACCAGACCUAAGUCAAAGCAUACUGUACAAGCUUGAUCAGGCCCAUGGUCCGUACUGUACCAUACUUUGCAAUGUGUACAAAUUAGAUAUUUUCAAAAUUGAGUUGAAUUGAAAAAGAAGCUUGUGCAUGUUACUUUAUUAUACAUGCCGUGUAUCUGGUUCCCUCUGUUUUCCAGGGCUGCGUUUCCCACCUUACGUAUUCCUGGAGAAGGAUGAGUAUGUUCGAAUCGUGGGAGAGAAGCUGAGAAUCCACUGCACCACACACAACCCCAACUUCAACUAUAACGUCACCUGGAAUUACAGCUCCAAGAAGGCAAGCACUGUCAAAGUGUCUGAAACGACCUAUUUGUUCCACUGUCAGAGUUUCUGAAACAACCUAUUGGUUCCACUGUCAGAGUUUCUGAAACAACCUAUUUGUUCCACUUUCAGAGUUUCUGAAACAACCUAUUUGUUCCACUUUCAGAGUUUCUGAAACAACCUAUUUGUUCCACUUUCAGAGUUUCUGAAACAACCUAUUUGUUCCACUUUCAGAGUUUCUGAAACAAGCUAUUUGUUCCACUUUCAGAGUUUCUGAAACAACCUAUUUGCUCCACUUUCAGAGUUUCUGAAACAAGCUAUUUGUUCCACUUUCAGAGUUUCUGAAACAACCUAUUUGUUCCAUUUUCAGAGUUUCUGAAACAAGCUAUUUGUUCCACUUUCAGAGUUUCUGAAACAAGCUAUUUGUUCCACUGUGUCACAAGCUGUAGCUCUAUCCCAUAGUUGGCCAAAACAAAGUGCAUGAUAAUAGGUCUUGAGGAUAACAUUUGUUUUCCUGUCUCUUCUUACUUCUUACAGAGAUCCACCAUAGAGGAGAAUGUCCAGUCUAAGGACAGCCGUCUGGACAUUGAGAGCAUCCUGACCAUCCCUGCAGUAGACCAGUCAGACACAGGGAACAUUACCUGCAUUGGAACCAACGAGGCUGGAGUCAACAGCUCUGCCACCUACCUGCUGGUCGUAGGUUAGUUACUGGAUAACUGGGUCAUUCCAUCAAUUUUCCACAAAUUUUAUGAAGUUGGCUUUAGCUAGCCCAGAUAAGUUCCCAAUUUCCCAACCUGCUGCAUGUUCAAACGGCAUUGAUCACUUGCACCAUGUACUUUUAAUGUAAUCUCAACUGCAAUCCAUGUCAUUUGGUUCUGCUAUUAAAUGGAGUACAGUGAUAACACAUUAAUCUGUCCUAUAAAUAAACAAAAUGUCUGACAUUGUAUUCACAUUUUAACGUUGAUGUGAUUUUAAAUGGUUGAAAGCGUAGUGAUAGACAUUUGGGUGACAACUAAACCAAAAAUCAGGCAUUGUUUUUCAAUUGGAAUUUGGUUGUGGUUUUAGAUGGUUGAAAGCAUAGUGAUAACACAUUGGAAAUUCAACUAACUUUUGGCUGUCUUUUUGAGUGGGUGAAUAUAGGUUGUAAUCUCAUUGAUCAAAGUCUCAACCAAAUAUUACCAAACUAUCCACAUUGAUAUGACGUGAUGUGCCCAGUGGGUAGGCAUUUCGCUGUCAUAGCCAGUGGUAGUUGUGAAAUAGACACCUGCUGGAAUGUGGUUUUAACCAAUCAGCAUCCAGGAUUAGACAAACCCGUUGUAUAAUAGAACACAUUCCAGUCACAGAACAGGACCGCAUUCAUUAGGGCAAACUGCAGCAAAUCUUUUUGCAAGGGAAAGUAUUUGUUUUCUUUCAUUUGGUGCCUCAGGAAUACAACCCUUGAUAACCUUGAAUAUAACCCUUCCCAUGUUUCUCCGUGUCCCUGUCCAGAGGAGCCCUACAUCCGUCUGUCCCCCCAGCUGUCCUCCAAGCUAGCCCACCAGGGCCUGUCCAUCGAAGUGAACGAGGGGGAGGACCUGAAGCUCAGUGUCCUGAUCGAGGCAUACCCUCAGAUCAUAGCCCAGAGCUGGGACACCCCCACGGCGUCGCCCACACAGGAACACAUCUUCACACGCUACAACAACAGGUGAGCGCAACAAGGGGAUGGGAACUGACUGAAUGAGGCGGUCUGGCUGUAUUGGGAAGAUGUUUGGGGCUUUGGGACAAAAGCACAGCAACAGAAAACGGGUGUGAGACAGUGUCAAUGUGAAAUGUUCACUGAUCAGAAGCUGACUUGUUCAUAGUAAAAUGUAGAAUGGGGAAGCAUCAGUUUAUUAGUUCAUCUGAUACAAACUCAUAUGUCACCCACCAGUCCAGAGAGUUCUAUAUUAUGAAACCAGAGUUAAGGGAAGGAAGGAGCUACUGUAAUGUUUUACCUCUGUGAUGAGGCAUAGUAGCAACAGUCUGAGGAGAAUCAUGAUGUAGUAUUCAACACACCACACCAUCUGCACUCAUUCCUCUUUUGUUAAAGAGCUCCAGUAAUCUCGUUCACCAGCAGGCUCAUUCUCUUUCUAUAUGCGGUAACAAUUGAGCCUGCUGGUUAGACUCCGGUGGUUAGAUCUCCAGUGGUCAGAUCUCCAGUGGUCAGAUAUCCAGUGGUUAGAUCUCCAGUGGUCAGAUCUCCAGCAGUUAGAUCUCCAGUGGUCAGCUCUCCAGUGGUCAGAUCUCCAGUGGUUAGAUCUCCAGUGGUGCUACAUCAGAUCCUGUCUGGUUUCCCUCAGGUAUUCCGCUACCCUGCUGCUAAAGAGAAUGAUUGCACAGGAGCAGGGCCAGUACACCUUCUAUGCCAGGAGUGCCAUGGCCAACGCAUCCAUCACAUUCCAAGUCCAAAUGUAUCGUAAGUAUGAGUAGUCUGAAUAUCUUAACACAGAGACAUACUGGUACAUAUGCACAGUGUCAGUUCAUACAUCCACUCUCUGUGGAAUAAGAGUUUUUAUCACAGCAUCUAUUGACUAUCUUUAUCUGUAUUUAAAACAUGGUUUAUUUGACCAUGCUCUCUCGUGAUUGGCAGAGAGGCCGGUUGCCGUGGUGAGAUGGGAGAACAUCACCAGCCUCACGUGCACGUCGUUCGGUUAUCCUGCUCCCAUCAUCCUCUGGUACCAGUGCUCUGGAAUCCGAGCCACGUAAGUGUUUGCAUGAGGGAUACUAGAGGGCAGUGGUAUGAUAUUGUUGUGGUAAAAGAGAGACUUAAUAAACACAGAUAUACCUGUCAUUGAUGAUAGGAGAGACUAAAGAAGUAUAAUGGAUCAUUCCACCAAUUCGAUGCCUUUUGAGAAGUGUAACUUGGUAAAAAAAAAAAAUCUGUCAUAAAGAGCACAUGUUUUCCCAUCUCAAGAGGUUAAAUUACAAAAAUGACUUUAGUAAGUGCCUAUUAAGUGCCAAAUAAAGUAAUGGUUGACCGUAACAGGGUUGAGCGUAACAGGGUUGACCAUAACAAGCGGCAAUUGAAUGCAAACUUCACAACAACAACAAAAGUAUUCUUAAACAUUUCUAGCCUAUCUAUCUAUGGGUAACAAGGUUGAUGUGUUAUGCUGGACCCGCUCAGUUUUCCACCACAAAACACCAGAAAAUCGGCAGAAAGUGUAGAACUAGCUCACCUGCUUUUACACUAUGAUUUGACUAUUGUUCAAUGUUUCUUUUGAAAAAAACAAUUAAAAAAGGAAUAGUUUCACCAUGUUAAAAUUAGAGUUUAAUUCACUUGUCAGGGUUGACAUUAAAAUGAGGGACAGAUGUAAAAGAUGACUAAUCACACAAAAUAAAUAAUAAUCUUCAGAAAUGACUUAAUCAAACCAACAAAAUAGCUUGGAGAAAUGUUGGGAUUAAGUGGGUUAAAAUCUUCCUAGAAGUCACAGAGGGUGCACGGAGGGACAGGUCAAAAUGCUGAAUUUUAGCACUUUAGCAAGUCUUUAUUCAUAUUAAAAAUCAGAUAUAUUGAAUUCUCCAUGUGGUCUAUAUUAAACGGCACUUAAAUAUUGGUGCACAAUUUCUACUUAAAAUAUCAAAAGGCACUCUUUUCGCAGAACAACAUUACUAUGUUUUGUUUUUAAUACUGACGUAUUGGAUAUCAUAACUAAAUGGGGAACUCAACCUAUCUCUAUCCAUUCCUAUGAGAACAGGUGCAAUGAGAACAACACAGGUCUCCAGAUGCCUGCUCCUCUCCUGGCCCAGACGGUGGAGGUCCAGAGGGAGGAGUACGGGCCGGUCGAAGUCGAGAGCGUCCUGAACGUGGGACCGUCCAACCGUAGAAUGACCGUGGAGUGUGUCGCCUUCAACCUGGCCGGAGUCGGCAAAGACACCGUCGCCGUGGAAGUUCCCGGUAAGUGUCAAAGCACGGUCAUCCAUGGCUAUCCUCAUGGUUACUGUUUUAUCCUUAGUUCACACUCCUUGUUCCUGUGUCAUCGUAGUCAAGUACAUGAACUGUCCGUUCAUUUGUUGAUUCAGAUUGACAUAAUCUGUUACUUUAGCUACAGCUAUUCUUCCUCAGUUCUACAUAAACCCAUUACAAAACCAUCAUACAUAGAACAUUCUGAGUGUCAUCUACACGUUCCCUCCUGACUCUCUGUCUAUUCUCUGAUUGGAUAGAUAAUGUGUUGACCUCCAUCCUAUCGGGAGCAGCUGGUGUUCUGGCCUUGCUCAUCCUGCUACUCAUCAUCCUGCUCUACAAGUACAAGCAGGUAGUACACACAACAGCCUCUGCCAUACAGAAAAUACACUGAGAGACCAGUAUGCAAUCUCAUCUAAAAUAAACCUUGGCAACAAACUGAUAUAUUAAUGAAUAGAGUAUUCACAAAUAUCUCUAGUUUCAAAUCGUUUCCUUUUAGUCAAAGAAACAAUGGAAAUCUCUUAGUUAUUCAAAUGGUUGACGAACAUUUCCUUCCCUUUGCAGAAACCGAGAUAUGAGAUCCGGUGGAAGAUCAUCCACGCCAGUGAUGGAAACAACUACACAUUUAUCGACCCAAGUCAGCUGCCGUACAAUGAGAAGUGGGAGUUUCCCAGGGACAAGCUCAAGUUAGGUUUGUGACCUUUUCUUAAAUAGGGUACUGCAGUGGUUUGGUUCUUUGGAGUUAGAUCUUCCACUCUUGGGUAAUACUUUGUAUCUUGAUUUGAAAAGGCAGCGCUUACUGGAUGGUGAAUGCAUGGAAUCUCAACUAAAUUUACAACUAUAAAGUGUAUUUAUUUACGAAAAUAAAGUAUAUUGACUUACAGUUACAUUUGUAAGUGAUGUGUUGGCUGUGUGACCUGCAGGGAAGAUCCUAGGAGCCGGGGCCUUUGGGAAGGUGGUGGAGGCCACAGCUUAUGGUCUGGGGGAGGACGACAACGUGAUACGAGUGGCUGUCAAGAUGCUCAAAGGUCAGAAUCCUUGAAAAGAGAAAGCUUUUUAAUCCAAGGGUAGAAUUGAUUAAAGUCUGCUAAAAUGGCUGUGAUCAGAGUGGUACAGGGUAAUCUCUCUCUCUCUGCAGCCAGGGCCCACUCAGAUGAGAGAGAGGCACUGAUGUCAGAACUGAAGAUCCUGAGUCACCUGGGACAGCACAAGAACAUUGUCAACCUGCUGGGAGCCUGCACUCAGGCAGGUGAGAACGGAGCACUCUCUAUAAAAAACAUGGAAAACACAUAUGUAUUUGAAUCAAAUUUGGCCCAAAAAAUUUCAAUUCAACCAUACAGUACAUUUGGAAGUUUAAAAGCUCUCAAUCAAAAAUGUAAAAAUUAAUGUGUCUUCUCUCAGGACCCGUACUGGUGAUCACCGAGUACUGUAGUCAUGGAGACCUUCUGAACUUCCUGCGACACAAGAAGGAGACCUUCCUGAACUUUGUCAUGAACAUGCCAGCGGUACCAGAGGAGACCAGCGACUACAAGAACGUCUGUGAGGAGAAACAGUUCAUCAGAAGGUAUGGAUCAUGUUGUCAUGCACCAAGCUCAUGAAAAAGCAGGUGGACUCUCGCUCACCUUUAUUCAACAUUCACAGCAGCAGCCUGGUGAAGUAACCACUUUGUCUGAUUAGCCUCCUCCCGAACCUCCCCGUCUGAUCCCUUCCUCCCCUCCCUCCACCAGUGACAGUGGGAUCUCCAGUGUGUCUUCUGACAGCUACCUGGAGAUGAGGCCUGGUCCCCAGCCUGUCAACUCCUCUCUGGGUAAACAAUCUGUGAUAAUCCCUUCUCAUUUAUCAAGCACCAGUCACUGCACAAGUUCUCUAUUCUAUUGUUCUUUGUCUCAGUUGGACAUUUGGGUGGACAUCGAUAUAUCAUAUUUUAUUUUAUUCUAUUCUAUUCUAUCAGACUCUUUGUGUGAGGAGAGUGGGCCAGACUCGUGGCCAUUGGACAUGGAUGACCUGCUGAGGUUCUCCUAUCAAGUGGCUCAAGGCCUGGACUUCCUGGCAGCCAAGAAUGUGAGUCACAUCAACACAAAGUUUCAAAAAAAAGCUUGCGAAUCAAGGCUUGUA